AUGAGCUCCUUUUCGAUGAGCGCGCUCACCAAGGCAUUGCCGUCGGUAUGUCGCCAGUCUCAACCUCGAAUUGCCUCCUUGAACAUCACACGCCCUUUUUCGAUCUCAAGCUCCCACCAAGCUGCUCGCCGCAAUGAUCGUGGUAGUGAUCUCGAACGGCAGAUGCUGAGUGGCGGUCCGGCGUCGUCUUCCGAUAAACCCUCGGGGCUCUCUGCUAUCACAGAAAUGAUGCAGGGUACAUCUUCAGGCUCACCUGCUCGCGGCCCCGAAUCCGACACAAUGUCCAAACAAAUUGAGGCUCAAAUGCUCAGGAACCCUUACGCCGAUCGAGCUCCUCCUCAUCACCUCCACGUCUACUGCCACAAGCACAACACAAUUCUCACCCUGACACGACCAAAUGGCAACCCUCUCAUGUCCAUGGGAUGUGGUCAAAUUGGUUUCCGCAAAGCUGGUCGCUCCGGAUUUGACCCUGCCUACCAAUUAUCUGCCCAUGUGAUGUCCCAGAUUCAAGACAAGGGCCUCCUCAUGGAAAUCGAGCGGCUGGAGAUUGUAUUCCGUGGGUUUGGAAAGGGCCGUGACGCAUUUGUCAAGGUUCUCCUGGGUAACGAAGGACGAAACCUUCGGGGACUUGUCACGCGGGUGACUGACUCCACUCGAGUCAAGUUCGGUGGUACUCGCAGCAGACAUGAGCAUCUGAAACGGCUUGAUGAUUGCUGCAGUUCUUCGACUGGGCCGUCCAAAACCGUUUGGAUGCACCCUCUAAAUCCCUUCCUCCGUGCCUUCUUCCGGAGCACUGUUCCGGGCCAGUGUGUACCGGUCGAGAAUCAUGUCUUGCUAGUCCCCACGACGGACUCCCUCAUCAGUUCGCGCGAAAGGGAGUCCAAUCUCCUAUAUUCGGACCUUGUCGCAUCAGAGGAGUUCCUAGGUAGCCAUGUUUUGCGCGUCCCGAUCCAUACCGGCUCAGCGAAUUCUAAAGAGGAGAAUAAUGUUCGGGACAAUCGAGGGAAGGCGAAGCAAGUAACGACCUUCAACGGAAGAACCGUGAUUAUUAAGGAGAAUUCAGGUUCAAGUCCCUCACGCAAGCCCAGCUGUUGUCCGACGCGCUCUACUACACUUCCUCCUCUGCCAAUGAGUCGCGACCAUGGCUCAUUUACUAUAUCUCUCGCCCGCUCAUCGGAACAUAUGACCCCGCGAGGGUCAUUUCCCGCCGUGGUCCCCGGGACCGAGUUCAACGUGGCUAAACCAACGAACACAAACAAGAGUUACAGCAAUGGAAGUUCGAUCGGUACCCCGCCCAAACAAGAGAUCAAGACCUUUGGAGAGCUGCUCGCCAAUUUCCCCAUGAUCGCCAGGCAGAUGCAGCCGGGCUUGGAAAGGCUGUUUCGUGAGUUCGGAAAGGAGCUGGGAAAGCCAUUACCCCCGCCUCCCUCACGGUCGCCCUCCGCAUCUGGGAGUGAUCGCAUAAACCAGUUGUCUCGUACUGAGUCUUGGACGGAUGACACAUCUUCCAUUCGAAGCUGGUCGUCGCGGAAUAGAGGGCGUCUUCCUUUCAACUCCGAAGAAUACUUUGAAGACGACGAGGAUCUAAUGCGCCGAAGUCUGGAGACAGCUGUGACAGCUGCGAUUGACCUAUUCCGCCUUGUGGACAAACAGCAGUUGUCGCUGCUCGGUGCUACCACAGACCUCACCGGUCCAUUGGUUGAGCGGCUGAUAGAACGUUAUGUUGCCGAGCAAGUCCAUGAACCGCUGCUCUUCCCUCGCCUUUGUGCUUUCCGCCAACCAGAAGACACAGAGCUGGACUCUCGUAUCAGGCAGAUGGAAAGUAUAGAUGUCUCUCAAGUGGGAAUCUCUGUCGAGGGCGGACGUGGAGGGAAGCGAGAAUUGAUUCGCCGACUUGGGCGGGGUGUGGAAGAGUUCCGAAAGAUAAAUGAUGCGCGAUGCCCACAUGAUAUGCUCAGCACUCUUCUCGCGACAGUGAAGGUUGUAUCAUAUCCCGGAAGUUAUGAUCAAGUCGAUGGCCCAACUUCCGAGAAAGGUACUUCAUCUGUUACGAUCAACGCAGAUGUCUUGGUAUCACUGCUGCUGGUUGUUGUGAUUAGAUCUCAAAUUCGCCAUCUCCAAGCUCGGUUAUUGUACAUGCAACACUUCAUUUAUAUCGACGACGUGGACAGCGGCGAGAUGGGCUAUGCUCUCAGUACCUUCGAAGCUGUUUUGAUGUACCUUGUCACCGACUCCGCAGGGCUCCGACGUGCAAGUGUCCGAAACCGACGCCUGUGGCAAGCUACAAAAGCAGGCAGGAUAUCGGACAUGAAGUCCAUAUUGGAACCGAACGGAGACCACGAAUCCAUAGACGACAUCACUCCGCCAGAGCCAGAGCGGAAAUCGGUUUUCUUCCAAACGGAUGAAGUUGAUGAUACGGACGACCUCCCACUGGAGAAUUCCUUCACUAGUAGUGAUCCACAAUCAGAUGAAGCAGUCUUCGACGCACCGCCUCUAUCACACGUGUUUCCAUUUCAAAAUUGGAAUGGUAGUUCGCAUCAUGAGAUUCACCGUCCAGCCAAGAAAGUUUCGAUGGAUGUCCGGAGCUUGUCCGAAUCAUCCGCUAUUUCAUUCAUCUCCAGAACCACAACUCUGAACUCGAUGGCCAGUGGAAUUGAAGGCGAUAGCUCAAUUGAGACCUUGACUAAAACUCAAGACCCUGCUGGCCACUCGAUACCGAUGAUGGCAGUCGAGGGUCGCCAACCGGACGCUUUGAAGUAUCUGUUGACCUUGGAAGAAUAUUACCCCCUGGAUGAAAUUCUGCAAGAUACCAAUGCCGAGGGGACGACUUUACUGAACGCCGCCGUGCAGCUCGCACACAAUGACAUUGUCAACAUCCUCUUGGACUUCUUAUUUACGAAAACAGAUGCCAAAGUGAUUGCAUUUUAUUUGACCAAGUCCGAUGUUCAUGGUCGCACUGUUGCCCAUUAUAUCUUCAGCACGCCAUCUCUACUGGCUAGACUGGGCGCACUCGUCCCCUGGAGACAGCGAGACAAACAUGGACAAACACCAUUGUUUGCGCUAUGCAGAUCAUAUGAUCACCCCGAAUACAAACCUAUGGUGCAGGCUGCCUUGACAGCAGCGCAGCGUGCGCAAGGCGACAACAAGCCGCUCCAACUGGAUGAUCAUGUUGACGCGAAAGGAAACACACUUCUACAUAUCGUUGGUGAUCCAGAAAUCACACGGCGCAUUCUCCAGGAUAGUGACUGUGACCCGAACGCUACCAACGACAAGAGAUUUACACCAUUGAUGAUGGCGAGCAAGUAUGGGCGAGUUGACCAAGUUCGCAUUCUUUUCCUCGACUCACGAGUUGAUGUACAUGUGAAGGAAGCUCGUGGAUUGACGGCAGUGGAGUUGGCCAAAGACGAUGAAGUGCGAAAUCGAAUAGACGAUUUGAUAUUGCUUUCUCACCCUCCAUUGGCCUCUGGUGAUCCCUCCGGUCGUGUCACAACGGUUGUGCGGUCAUUCUUUGUCGAGGAUGCAACAGUGCGAUUCAUCCUCAAAUCUGGCGCACCCUAUCCUCCUUCAAAGUCCAUGGAAUCGUCACGGCCCGGAUCAACAACUUAUACUGUGACAACUUGCCGACGCAACUUUGCCGACUUCCAGCACUUGGCCAAAUGUCUUGCUGUGGAGCAUCCGGCAUCGUACAUGCCGUCUCUUUUGGAUUUCCGCAACCCGUUCCAAAUUCACUCCAAGCCGUCGCGGUCGGUGCUCCAUGAUCUCCAGGAGAGACUUGAUCGCUUCCUCAAGACGCUUCUCACCCACCCGACAUUUGCAACGCACGAAAUGUUAUGGGAAUUCUUCCUAGUUCCAGAGUUGCAACCUGAAUUGAUGGCUGACCGUUCCCACCGUAAGGCUGCUGUUCUUUCUGAAACCAUCUCGGAUGAAUUCGCGCCGGUUUCAAUUGAAGGAAUGCGCGACACAGAGCAAUUUGUAACACAUGCCCAGGAGAUGGUGCGCGGAGUGCACGUCAAUACCCGCAGUCUCAUCCGCAGAGGACAUGCAUUCCACAACGGCACGUCUGACCUCGCCGACGCGGUGAUGAUCUGCUCCUCAGUACUUGCCACCCUUCGACAACCGACCAACGCACUUCCACUCUCACACAUCGAGGCUUUCGCUCGUUAUGCAACUUAUCUUUCUACUUCCCGUUCUGACUCCUCCCCUCUCCUCCAAUAUCUUGCUGCCCUUUCCUCCAUGGACAGCACAACCGCCGCAGUACUGGAAGCUCUCUCCCGUCCACUUUCCCUCAUGUCCUCUCUAUCAUCAACAAACCGCCACAUCGCCCGCUCUCGAUCAUCUCUCUUGUCCUCCUCACUCCCUCGCAAAUUCAACAUCAAUCUUCCAGGCUUCGAAGAAUCUCGACAGAGAUCCGUCCGCGAUCUCGAGCAAAAGAUCCGCGACGGCGAAGUCGAAUCCUCCCGCUUGGCAAAGGAAGUCACAUGGAACAAGGAUGUCGUUGUCAGCGAUCUCGCUGGCUGGACCUCUUGGCGAGAAAAGGUCGGCCGCGACGCCAUCCGGGCGUUUGUGAAGGAUACCCUUGUACGAGAGAAAGAGCGCGGCAAGGGCCUCGAGCGUUGUUUGCGCAGUGUCCGCGAUAUGAAUUCAUGA